UCCUUUUUUCUCCACAAUUAAAUACACAUUCACACACGCAGUCGCACACAGCUCCAAAUCUCAUUUUCUCAUCGUUUCCUCCUUCAUCUCCUUUUCUCUCUCUCUCUUCGCACCAAAACCCUUUCUCUCUCUAUCCAUCUACCAAUUCUCGCUCCUUCUUCGAUCGCUCUUUCAUCUUCGCCAUCUUCCACUUACGAAUCCACUUCCAAUCCGGAACCACCGAUCGCCGCUGCCGAUUCGAUCUGCUAGGUGUAUCUGCUUUCGAUUUUAUUCAUUCAUGCUUCUUUUACUUUCUCAUCCGAUUCAUAUGAAUUUCUCAGAAUCGAUUAGAAUUAAGGAGGAGUGGAAGCAUUGGUGAAUGAAUCUCGCAGGGUUUGAAAAUGCCCGGGUUAGCAGCGCAACGGAACGAGCAAUUCACUAAUGGCUCCUCUGCCACCGCGACAACCACGCACUUGUCGCCAAAUGGAUUCUGGUCUAAGAAUCGGGAUGACGUAGGCUACAAUCAGCUACAGAAGUUCUGGAGUGAAUUGUCACCUCAAGCACGACAAGAACUAUUGAGGAUAGAUAAACAAUCUCUUUUUGAGCAGGCUCGUAAAAACAUGUACUGCUCCAGAUGCAAUGGGUUGCUUCUUGAAGGUUUCUUACAGAUUGUUAUGUAUGGGAAAUCUCUGCAGCACGAAGGGGUGGGUGCUCACUUUAUUUGCAACAGACUUGGAGGUUUGAAAAAACAAAAUAAUGGUGGAUUGAACAUUACCAAUGGCUGCCAAGAUGAAAUUCAAGACCCAUCUGUUCAUCCAUGGGGAGGUUUGACCACAACACGCGAUGGGUCUUUGACACUUAUGAACUGCUAUUUGUAUUCAAAGUCUCUGAAAGGACUUCAAAUUGUCUUUGAUGGGGCACGCGCAAGGGAGCGGGAAAGAGAACUACUAUAUCCUGAUGCUUGUGGCGGCGGAGGCUGUGGAUGGAUAAGCCAAGGCAUAGUGAGUUAUGGCAGAGGACACGGGACAAGAGAAACAUGUGCGUUGCACACUGCACGACUUUCAUGUGAUACACUGGUGGACUUCUGGUCAGCAUUGGGAGAGGAGACUCGUCUCUCUCUUCUAAGGAUGAAGGAAGAGGAUUUUAUUGAAAGACUUAUGUACAGGUUUGACAGCAAGAGAUUUUGCAGAGAUUGUAGAAGAAAUGUUAUUCGAGAAUUCAAGGAACUAAAAGAACUGAAGCGCAUGCGCAAAGAGCCCCGUUGCACUAGCUGGUUUUGUGUUGCUGACACAGCCUUUCAGUAUGAGGUAUCUGAUGACUCAAUUCAAGCUGAUUGGCGUCAAACAUUUGCUGAGACUUUGGGUUCCUAUCAUCACUUUGAGUGGGCAGUGGGGACGACUGAAGGAAAAUGUGACAUUUUGGAGUUUGAAAAUGUUGGAAUGAAUGCAUGUGUUCAAGUCAAUGGACUGGAUCUUGGUGGUUUAAGUGCAUGUUUCAUAACCCUCCGAGCUUGGAAACUAGAUGGGCGCUGCACUGAACUUUCUGUUAAAGCUCAUUCGUUGAAGGGUCAACAGUGUGUACAUUGCAGGCUAAUUGUAGGAGAUGGUUACGUUACAAUCACAAAAGGGGAAAGUAUUAGAAGAUUUUUUGAGCAUGCUGAAGAGGCAGAGGAAGAAGAGGAUGAUGAUUCAAUGGACAAGGAUGGAAAUGAUCUUGAUGGAGAGUGCUCUCGUCCCCAAAAGCAUGCAAAAAGCCCUGAACUUGCUCGAGAAUUUCUUUUAGAUGCUGCCACUGUUAUUUUUAAAGAACAGGUUGAAAAGGCAUUUAGAGAAGGAACUGCACGCCAAAAUGCACAUAGCAUAUUUGUAUGUCUUGCACUGAAAUUGCUGGAGGAACGACUGCAUGUAGCAUGCAAAGAAAUCAUUACCUUAGAAAAGCAGAUGAAACUUCUUGAAGAAGAAGAAAAGGAAAAACGUGAAGAAGAGGAGCGCAAGGAGAGGAGAAGAACAAAGGAAAGGGAGAAAAAACUUAGGAGGAAGGAAAGACUAAAAGGGAAAGACAAGGAUAAAGAAAAAAGGAGUUCCGAAUCAAAUGAUCCUCUUGGUCCUCCUGAAUCGAAAGAAGAAAUGUCUCUGCUUGAUGAUAUGGAGCAAAAUGAUUCUAUCAGCUGCAGGAGUUCAGUAAUUGAAACGGAUGAAGCUAAUCUUUCCAGGGAUGAUUCUCCUAAUAUCCUACACGAAGAGUUCACUGAUGAGUGCAGUACUUUGAGAACACAAGAUCACUCUUAUAAUGACUGUGAAGAAGAAAUUUCCAGUACAAAAGAUGGGGGAGGUCAGUUUACAGUUGAACAAUCAACACCUUCUCGUCAAAGGCCAAGAUUUAGAAAAGAAUUCCAACUUGAUAUGCCAAUGAAAUGGUCUGACAGACGGCGUCAUGCAGUUGUUUCAGAAAAUGGUGUGGUGGUUGGCAGAUCUGAUCUAAGACAUUAUGGAGAAAGUUUUGUGGCAUCUUCUAGGGUAGUUAAUGGAUUGAAUAGGCAAUCAAGAUUAAAUGUUCCAACAAAGCAUAAUGGUCGAAAUGCUGGUCCUAAGUAUAAUGAGAAGUUCCAUUGUUCCAGCAACCGGGUAAAUGAGAGAUGUGAUUUUCAUUCUUGCAGUUGUAGCCUAAAUCAUGAAUAUAGGACAAGGGUUGAACAACAUUCUUCUUUGACAAGAGUUAGCCGGGAGACAAAACCUGCAAGUAAGUCUGAAACUGCAGGAGAUACAUCUAAACAGUAUUCUCGUGGUAGUAAGCAUUCUCAGGUAGAAUAUAUGCAUGAUAGUAAUGGGAGACCCAAAAGCAAAGUCACCUUGGGGAACUAUGCCGGCAGGGAUUUGUUUCAAUCAAAGAAAGUUUGGGAGCCUAUGGAAUCUCAAAAGAAAUAUCGUGGUAGCACUCCAGACUCUGAUGUUAUAUUGAGGUCUUCUGAGAAUCAAGGACUUCAGUCUGAUAUAAUCAAGCCGUCAAUUGGGGAAGCUGUUCACACUGGUGAUCGUUAUUAUGAGGAUUGUAAUUCAAAGAGAUUAAGUGCAGAUGAAGGGUGUAACAAUGGUUUUCAAGUGGAAGCUGAAGGUUCUUGUAGAUCUACAGAAGUUGCUUCUGAAGAGCCUGGAAUAUGCACGACUGGAGGCUCUCCCUUGAAUAGUUCUUCUGAUCCUAAUCAGAGUAGCAGUUUCAGUUCUGACAACUGCUCCUCGUGCCUAAGUGAGGGUGAUAAUAAUACAACCUCUUCAAAUCGUGAAAAUACUGAAUCAUCAUCAACAUCAGAUUCAGAAGAUGUUAGUCUACAAUCUGAAGUAAGAGAUAGUUCAACUUGUGUCGAAAAUGACUUGUCUGGCUGUCAUGAAGCUGGGGAGAAGGAUGCAAAUGGUGAGGGUUUGGCAAGGUCAUGUUCACUGUAUAGUCGGUCCUUGGAUGGCACAGGAAGUGAUAAAUUGGGGAAUCUUGCGGUGGAAACUGGCCACAAUUUUGAAAAUGGUUUUUCCACCAUUAAUGUGUGUUCUCAGCCUCAAAAUAUCCUUCCACUCAUGUCAAACCAGAAUAUGCAAUUUCCAAUGUUCCAAGGUCCUACAACAAUGAGUUACUUCCAUCAAAAUCCAGUUUCAUGGCCGGCAGCUCCUACAAAUGGCUUGAUGCCCUACCCACACCCGAAUCAUUAUUUAUAUGCUGGCCCUCUUGGAUAUGGUUUGAAUGAGGAUCCGCACUUCUGCUUGCAGUAUGGUGCCUUGCAGCAUCCGACUCCCAUUUUUAACCCUGCUGUGCCAGUAUAUCAGCCGGUUGCCAGAGCUAAUGUCUUGAAUGCAGAGGAGCAGACUCGAGUUUCGAAGCCAGCAUCCAUUCAAGAGCAUCUUGCUGGAUCUAUUCCAGAAAGGACUGUUCCAGCUGGAGCUAAUUCCAAAAAAGCAGCAUUGAGUGGAGAGGUGAGGCCUGAUAACCCUGCCAAGAUGCGAGAGAACAACGGUGGCUUUUCCUUGUUUCAUUUUGGUGGGCCUGUAGAUGUCUCAACAGGUUGUAAAUCGAGUCUUGCAUCUGCACAAGGAAGUACUGCGGGGGAUUUUAGCUUGAAAGGUUCAGUAGAUCCUGUCGAAGAAGUCGAUACUUGCAAUAAGAAAGAGACAACCGCCAUGGAGGAAUACAACUUGUUUGCGGCAAGUAAUAACUUAAGGUUUUCAAUUUUCUAGCAUGAUAAAAGUGAGAAGUAUAAGGUGGCUGUUGUGGAGUCCAGUCCUGUCAUAGUAAAUGAAGGUUUGAGUACCUUGUAAUUUGGUAAACAAUAAGCUUCCUUCAGCAAUUUUCAAUUUUACCCUAUAGAUUUGAUUAGUCAAUUGUUGCCAAAUUUGUCUUGUUUUUUCCGUCGAUGUAGAGAAAGAUUGAGAGUGCUGGUAUUUUGAAGGUUUUUGUUUUCUUGGUGUGAGAUCAUAUCACCCUCCAAUUUUAAAUGAAGCUUUUUCCUUUGCAA